GAAGGUUGUAAGGUAGGAGUUUCUUCUAAAUUUUCCGCACGAUGGUCCCAGCCUAGUGCUAACUUGACUGCUUGGUCGAAUGCAAUACUUAUCUGCACUCUCGCUGAAAGAGCGACGAACUCCUUCUAGGAGAUUAGAUCUUCUCGCAGUUGCUAAAAUUAUAUAUAAUCGCUUUACUACUACGAUCACUUUACUAUUCUGGAUUGCGAACAAAUACUUGCUCCUUUAAUACAAGCGUCCCGGUAGAACAAAUGAGCUGAGCAUUGCCCACACCUUGCUGUUACUCUAUAAUGGUGCAAACGUAUCGCACUAGUUUUGCAGUGCUGGAUACCCUAGAUUAUACCGUCAACGAUGAAAAAAAUAUAGAUUGAUACACAAUGAAAAAAAUACCGCUGAGCUGAUAUCAUUGCUGAGCUGGACGAGCUGGCCACUUGCACUUUCAGGCCGCUAUUGAACACGACAGAGGCAAAAGCACACGGCGCGAAAAAUUACUAUGUAUAAGUGUUAGGAAUUCUGAACACAUUCACAGCAUACGAAUAGCGGUCGAGUUCGCGUCUUUCUGUUUGGAAUGAUUCAGAACGGAGUACUGAUUCACAUCUGUAUACAGGUGGUGUUUCAAGAUGGAUUGAUUCGUUUGGUUUGGUCAACCAGACCACAAAGACGACGAGACGACUAAGCUAAACGGUUAGGAUCGUUACUGUGCUGAAGAUCAAGAUCGAUGGAACCACGCAGGGGAGCUUGAACACGCAUUGCAUGCUGUGUGCAUAAAGCUCUAGUCAACAUUCCCCCCCCCAAGCGCAAGCCGUUUUUCGAAAAUCGCAGCAAGUAAAAGCUGUACGACAAAAUCACCACCAGAAGCUUGCAAUGAAAAAGCAAAGCAGAAUGGUGGAUCACAAAUUUUUCUUUCAAAAGCGAUCAGGAUGGCUACGGCAUGAAAAAGCGCAAGGGGCUCCGGCGUAUAUAAGUUCCUUUCUAAGCCCAAAGGUCUUCAAGUGAAAAGAAGAGACCGGGCACGCCUACCACUGUGAAACAAGCGUCGACCUCCUCAGGGUCUUCAGACACUUUCACUUUCCUCUUGUUCGUCAUGUGCGGAUUGUGGUGGAAGACGUGAUCUCGAACGUCACGAGGCACGUUGUUCUUUGUGAGGCAAUCAGCUUUCAUGUGCUCAGUGGGACAGAACUUAAUCUUUUCGCAUUCAUCCGCAACUUUGUGGUAGCGCAGGGCAACGUGGCGGCUACGCGGGCGCUGUGCAUCGCCUGGCGUCUUGGCGACCGUGAUGGCGGUCUGAUUGUCCAUCCAAAGGUCUUCGCUAGCAUCGCGAUCUUCAAGAAAACCCUUGAAGGUGCAUGUCUCGGACAUGAUCAGUCCAUCAGAGCCAGCUACAAACUCUGCUUCGAAUGUGGAAUGCGUUCUGACCGAUUGGCGCGCGGUCUUCCACACGAUGGGGGCGCCUCUGUAGUACAGCAGAGCGCCAGACGUGCUUUUCAACGUUACAAAACAAGAUGCAAAACUUGCGUCGGUGAAGAGAUUCCAGUCUUUCAACUUUUCUCCCUUUUGCAGAAGUGAUCCGUAUACCUGCUUGAACUUUUGUUCGUUCUCGGGUGAGUAGUCGAUGCCUACGUCUUCGGUGUGAAUGACAUAGCGCAAAACUUUCUUUACGCAUGCGACUAUUGCUUUGGUGCAGGGCUUGCUUGCUACCUUUGCGAGGCAGUUAACGGGCUGCGCGAUGUCGGGCCUACAAAUCGUUACACACCAUUGCAGGGCACCUACAGCUUCCCGCAACGGGAAUUUCACUUCGGGCGAGGCGGUAUCGUACAGAGCUGAUUCGGUGAAGCAUGGAUUGUCAACUUUCUUACAACCAACCAUGCCAAACUUCGGAGCUAGUUUUGUUCGGAUGUAACUCUGCAUGCAAAUACGUACUUUGUACUUGUUCGGGUUGUAGUGGACAUCUGCACCGAGCUGAUCAUACAAAAGAUCGCCAUUUGGUUGGUGUUCGGGCUCAAUGAUCUUGCCAGGAAACUCUUUCAAAAUCAAACUGACUUCAUGCCUAAGCUCGUGCUCGUCCGGGCCUGUUGCGGUGUUGUCAUCUACAUAAACUCCCAUCUUCAUAUACUUACUGAACUUCUUGUAACUCUGGAAGUUGUUGCCUGUGGCCUUGGAGAGCUUUCUCCACAACCCUUUUUCUGUUGACUGUGUCCAACCGAGACUGACUAACUUCUUUUCGUAGUGCUUUGCCCACAGCCUCGGGGAUUGUGGUAACCCAUAAAGGGCACGAACUAGCUUCCGAAUACCAUCGUCGUUUUGCUCACGCCAUUCCUUUGGCAGACGAAUGAAAAUUUCCGAAUCGAUCAAGCUCUGUACGAAUGCGUUGUCAAUGUCAAACAAAAUUAUGGCAUCACCAUGCGCGGCGGCAUCGAUCAGCAGGUAGCGCGAGGCUCCAAAGCUGAUUACGGGCGCGUAAACUUCUAACUCACCGCCGGGCUUGUAGAGAUUACCUAGGACGACAGCACGGCACUUGAACUUGCCACAGCGCUUGCGGCUAAGCACCAAUGCUAUCGGGACCACGCCUGUGGUCUUAGCGCGUUCUAACUCUUCUGGAGUAGGCACUCUCCACGUCUGAAACGCCUCAAGCUUGCACUUCUCGAGGGAUUUGGCUUCUAACCAGUGCGGCGCAUCUGGCGAGCUCAUCGCGGCAACGUUCGCGAACUGUGGAAGUGCUUCGACUAACUCUUCACCCUCUUCGAAAUCGUCUACGACGCUGUCACAUACAUAACAAUCAUUGAUCACUUCUGCAAAGUCGGCAUAAAACGCAUCUGAGUUCUCGGCUUCGGACAAUUGCUGCUUUGUUCUUCGCGUGCGUUGCGUUUUGUCCUUUGCCCCUUUGGGCCUACCGCGCGGGCGCUUGGUCUUUUCGCGACCAAAGACCACUUCAGGGUCUGGCUCAUGGUGUUCAACCGUGUUCCGGGCGGGCGCGCGCGAUGAAACUGAAUCAGGUGCGGAAUGCGGAUUUUGUACUUGCGAAUUGUCACCACUGGCAUGCUGAUUUGACUGAAGAUUGAUGUCUUUGAACGAGGCAGAGGAUGCGUUAUGAGCGUGUUCUUGUGAAGCUGCUUUCUCGACUUCUAAAAGUGGCAGGGAGUUGGACCCGCCAACCCCCCCAGAACCUGAGACCUCUGAACCACCCGGAUUUUUGCGCACAGGAGCACAAUCCCGAUCAGAACCAACCACCCGGGCAUUGUCCUUCGAGCCACAGAUAGUCUGCAGGAGCUGGUCGUCUGAAACUACGACGCCACCGCGGUACCCUGGGCGUAGAGAGUCAACAUUGUCGAUCAAAACUGACUCGACAAACUUCACGGCGUUUGUUUCGUAAACUGCCCAGCGCAAAGCGCCGGCCUUGGAGUAUCGAUCAUCCUUAACGUAAGUUCCAACUAGAUAGCAUGAGGACUGAUCGCAAUACCCAAGAAAGACUCCUUUCGUGUACUUCUCUACAAGUUUCUUGACCCCUUCUACUGGUUGUCUCAGGAAAUAAGCGAGGCAACCGAAGCGACGCAUCCUGGAGUCAAAAUUCGAAGUCUUCAAUAUCUCAUCGGGCUCUUGGGGUUCUGUGCGAGAAACUUUCCGGUCAUUUUGCAGUGACUUCCUCUGUCGACAAGCUUCCAAAGGUGAGAGACCAUUGAACUGAGGGGCGCGCUUGUAGAAUUUCCGCUGUAAGCGAUUCCACGUGUAUACAAAGUAAGAAGCGGCAUAAUCCCAAAGUCUCAAGUCGACACCCACUAGAUUAGCCCUUAAACCGGGACCCAGAGUACCCAUGAAGCGUUCGCACACACCAUUCUUCUGUGGUACGUAUGGGACUGAGUGCUGCCGAAAAACGGAGAGCGCUUGGAGCGUAUCCUCCCACUUCUUUGCUCUGAACGUGGGGUCGUUGUCACUGCGGACAAACCAUACGACCUUAUCUGUCAAGUCGAUGCUGUCCGAUGCGCGAAGUUGCUUGAUUAGCCGUUCUACGACUGCGUAGGCCUGAUCUUUGUGCUUCAACUUGAACUCAAACACACGCGCAACAGCAGGGCAAAUGAAAAUCAAUAGCCAUGAAUUGCCUGUCAAGCUGACGGGUUUGACUGGACCCCAAAAGUCAGCAUCAAGUUGCUUUAGCGGUGUUGGAUCAGAGUACUUCUGUGGUCGUUCUUUCCUAGCACCUGACCUGCCACCCUUUGCGAGGGCGCAUUCAGGGCAAAACACCUCUUCACCUGGGACAUGGAUGUGGCCACGUCUUCGGUGUCGGUCUAACUUGGACAAGUAGCAUAAAUGCUCAAAAUCCUCUACGCAGUCGGCCAAGGCAUCUCCAGUGAAAAUAGAAGCAGACUCAUCGAGCUGUCCUACGCGGCGCUUUUUGCAGCAGUUGGAUAAGCAAUCAGGUGUGAAAAGAUUGCAACCAAAACGCGACGCAGACAAAGCGUCUUCCUCUGACAAAACCUCUUCAAAUUCUCUGCAGUAUAAAGCCACACCCGUGCCGAAAAGCUCACCAUCAGGCAAAAAUGGUAAGUCAGGCGGGUUAUUUUCUAAUGGCACUGCGACAUCUGCGAAUCUUGAAACUAUCUCAGACUUGGCUACUGCUUUUGGUUCUAGCUUUACUGACCAACCCAUUGCGUUCAGGGUGGUUGUAGGUAAAAGGCGGCGCACGGGCAAAGCGCUGUGAAAAAUACCUACUGAGUAACCAAGUCGAUUCGUCUUCAGCCUACCUAUCCUUGGAGGAUUUUUCGCUUGCAAAGUGCCUCCGACUCCAUUGAUUUUCACAGGAUUGGAGCGAAAGGACACAAAAUCGCUAAGCACACUCGACACGUAAUGAGUAGUGCCACUGUCGAGGAUAUCCCUGUUUGUCCUCUGUUUUCUUUCCUCUGCCGAACCUUCAUCCAAAAUGGAUUUGUUGAUCUUGCACUCUAUAAUCGGCAUUGAUUGAUCGAUCUUGCACAGUAACGAUUUUUGAUUGUAACUAGUAGCAUCGUGACUUGUGUAAAAGCACGAAUAGUAGUUGUCGUCGUCAUCAAAUACAUCGCUCUUUUCAUCAGUGUUCUUCGACACAUCAACGAAAUUUGAUUCCAACUCAACAUCGAUUUUUACAUCGUGAUUUGAAUCCAUCAGCAUCGAUUUAUCAUCGACAUCAUCAGCAGAAUCGUGGUCCUUAUGUCACCACUUGCGACCCUUCUGGUGAGACUUGUAGCCACCUUUCUUCACGCCGUGUUUGCCACCGCCCUUGCCACCACCACCGCCCUUCUUGUGGUUGUUGCCGUAGUUGUUCGCGGGUGGUGGGGCAGUGUUCUUCUCCUGUUGGCGUUUCUUGCGAUAGCAGUAGUGAACGUCAUGUCCUGGACGUUGGCAAUACGUACACCAGAGGCCUCCUUGAUUCUGCGCGUUGUUACCAUAGGGCUGAUUUCGAUUCGCAUAGGUAUUGGAAUUGUAGUUUUUGUUGUUGUGUUUUCCCUGUCCUUUGUGACCCUUAUUCAUCAUAACUAAAGCGGUUUGGUUAUUGAUGGAUUGACACAUCAAUUGCUGUUCGAAGGUCGCGCCUUCCGGUGCGACGAUGAAGUUGGAAUUUUUGUUGGAAGAAGAAGAAGCAGAUGAUGACGAUGCACCAGCAAGAAACGCAUUGGGGUUUGCGUUCGCGGGGGCGACGUUCGAUCGUGCUAAAUGCAAAGUCGCUUGCUGUUCCUUUUCAAUAUUCAUUCUGCCUGAUUUGAUGAAAUCCAUCACCAUUGCCAGUCCUUCUUUCUCCCAAGUCGCAGUAGUACUGUUCAAGUUUCUGAUCUCCGCCAUGAUUGUCUUCAUGCAAGUCGGGUCAAGUCGGAAUUUGAGGACAUCCCACAUCUGACGAUUGAUCGCAGCCGCAUCUGGGUAUCUGUCUUUCAGAAGGAGGAUUUUGCUGUACUUUUCUGCGUAGAUCCAAAUAGAAAAAUCUCCAUCCUUCUCCAUGUCGUAGCAGACAGUAAUCAAUUCGUUGUUGGUUGUGUCACUGUCAAUUGAAGAUGCUUUCUGAUCCCAGUGCGAUGACAGAAGGAAGUAACAUUUUACAAAACCCACUGUCUGGCUGUUCGUGAUCAAUUUUGCUGCGUCGUCUUGCAAUGCAUUCAAAAAUGUGGACUCGAGGGAAAACACAUCUUGCUUUUGCUGUGCUGUCAAACCAGGCUGAACAUUUUGAAAGUUCGUCUGCUGGGUGUUGUCGUUCAAAAUUGCCUGCCAUUGUGCGUCCAAUUCCAAUACCAUGCUCAUCAUCGAUUUGAUUUUAUGCUUCCACAUCGUCCAGCCCUCGGAGUUCUUUAUCUCCGGGCAGAUGAUCUUCCGAUCUACCGUCGGCAUACCGUCGGGAUUCGUAAAUCAAUCUAUUCCAAAGAGAGAUUUUUGCGUGUAGAUGCCGAUGGUGUUCCGACGGAAAAAUUUGGACUUGUGGAUGGCGAAGUUGUUCGUUGGCUCGCGAUUACCGGUCUCACCGGCGGCACCAAGUGUGAAUCAGAAUGUUAGGAAUUCUGAACACAUUCACAGCAUACGAAUAGCGGUCGAGUUCGCAUCUUUCUGUUUGGAAUGAUUCAGAGCGGAGUACUGACUCACAUCUGUAUACAGGUGGUGUUUCAAGAUGGAUUGAUUCGUUUGGUUUGGUCAACCAGACCACAAAGACGACGAGACGACUAAGCUAAACGGUUAGGAUCGUUACUGUGCUGAAGAUCAAGAUCGAUGGAACCACGCAGGGGAGCUUGAACACGCAUUGCAUGCUGUGUGCAUAAAGCUCUAGUCAACAAUAAGGCAAUAGCGAAAGCCAAAAUUUAACACUUCUAUUGUGAUUUUCAUCUUCCGUUGAAUACUUCUCUUCACAUGAUGAGUAUCAAUCAUGAAGAUCCAACAGGGAUCCGUACGCACCUGCGUGUGGUGUUGGAGCCAUUAGUACACGAAACCGGACGACUAUAUCUUAUUCUCGUAGAAGCGAAAAAACAAAAAGAUGAAAAAGCGCAUCAAUAAG